CAGGAAUCUGUGUGCAUCAUAUUUACAUCGAACAUACAACAGAACUUUAUUGUGAACCUAAUCCAAUGAUUAUUCAUCUUACAGAAAUUGUGUAUCUAUGUUGUAAAACUUGAGGACCACAUUUUUAACUUCUGACUUUUCAAUCACUCUACGAGCCUCCAUAUUGUUUUGGACAAAAAAUUUCUGGAUGAUUACACGGGCAAAAGUGCAAAUUGCAUGGGAUGAGCUGUCCCUUUUUGCCAGUAGGAUUAUAACAAAAUGGAGUCAUCUUUCUCAAACUGAUAACAAGGAUAUCAAAGUCCAUAAACAAUUUCUAAACAAGAAUAUACUUGCUUUUCCUGUUUUAUGUGUCCAGGAUGUUCUCUCAAUAAGUAAAUAUUUUUUGGGGAAAAGUGAAAAUUUGAAAAUUUUGGAAUAACUCUUUUAUUCAACUCUAAAUAAAAAUGAUGGAAGAUUUAUCCCUUCUGGACCCUGACGAAACAGAUUUAAACGGAUUAACUCCGUUCCCGGACUCCCCUCACAAAAUGGCAGAGGUACUACCAGGGGAAAGGAGUCUGGGUUCGGUAUCCAGUGACCACAAUGAGCCCCUGGUUAGAACUGGGAGCCCAAACUUUGUGUGUACAGCAUUGCCACCGCAUUGGAGAUCAAACAAAACCCUUCCAGGAGGAUUUAAAGUUGUUUCACUUGGAGAUAUUAAAGAUGGAACCAAAGUGACAAUUUCUGCUGGAAAUGACGAAAAUUAUUGUGCGGAAUUAAGAAAUUGUACUGCCUUUAUGAAAAACAAAGUGGCUAAAUUUAAUGAUGUUCGAUUUGUUGGACGAAGUGGUCGAGGUAAAAGUUUCACAAUUACCAUAGCUGUAUAUACAUGUCCACCACAGAUAACUUUGUACCAGAAAGCCAUUAAAGUGACCGUGGACGGACCACGUGAUCCAAGAAGUAAGACAAAACUCCGAACUGAUGAUCGCAGAAUUCACCGACCAAGUCCCAUAGAUUUUCCAGACAGAAAUCCAUAUUCUGAACGUCAGUUAGAAAGCCAUAGAUUUUCAUCCCAAUUACCCGACUGGAAUACAAUCAGACGGCCAUUAUCACAGCAAUCAGACAACGCACGACGCGUGCUUGAACCGUCGUCUGACACCAAUGGAUAUCACCCUACAGAUAUAAAAAGAAGUCCAUGGGGUACCUAUGAUCCAGUCUAUACUACUAAUUCUUCUGUUGCACAAUUCACACAACAACAACCUAUCAACACAGCAGCUUUACCAGGUCACGAUAUGACACCACCACCUCCAUCUCAAUCUAUAGAUUCCAUAAAUGUAGAUCAAAAAUUCUCAAAGGACAAUUCAUCUCACUUAGACUUAGUCCCUGUAUCAAACAGUAGAUCAUUACCAAUCACAAUUCCCGACCCACAACGGAUGGAUCAUAUGACACCAUUUAAUUCUCGGUCGAUUGACUCACGUAUGCCAGACCUCCCAUUAAUGUUAGGACCUAGAUAUACAGCAGAUGUACGAAUAACGGAACAUAGAAUGACCGAACGUUAUUCUGGGGAAUCUAGUCUCGCCACCAUGUUUGGCAACCCACCAUAUUCUGCUUCAUCGAAUCUUGAUAUUUUACGAGAAAGCAGACAUAUUCAGUCAUUUAGAGACAGUAGAGGUGAUAUGUCAACUUUAUCAUUGGGACCACCAUCAAUGAUGACCCAUGAUCUUUUAUCAGGGCUGACGCCAGCAACGACAAUGUCGCCAUCUUUUCUCAGUGGUUCACCAUCCGCAGUUGUCCCACCUAGCUUUCUCUACCCACAUUUAUCAUUAGCCUCUCCGCCACAGUAUCAAACUAGUCUCUACGUUCCCUCCGGAGAGGUCCGAACAUACGAGGUACUAGGAGGACGAUCGUCUGAUGUUCCCAUGCGAAUAGAAAGACCUUUACCACCAUCACCUCCGUCUCGUUUGAUUCCUGAUACAGUAACACAAGAUCAUAGAUUUUCAAGUUCGGUUAAUGAAAGAUCUCGUGUGAUUUCGAGGAGAAAUAUUACUCAAAUGGACACAACACCUGAUUCAACUAGGACCCCACCUAGACCAAAUGAUGCGGUUACCGAUUCGUCCGUUUGGAGGCCAUACUGACUUUGCUAGAUGCCGAAUUUACCAGUAGCAAUGUUUAACCGUUGCAACGAUUUUAGCGACGUUGGUACAAUACCCUGGGGUAUGUGCAUUUUUUGUAGGAGAGCCAUGUAUGGCAUCCGAAUGGAGUUGGUGUCAUGUGAUGACACAGACUGAUAGAGCGCAAGAGAGAGGCAUUAUGUGUUGGUGCAUUUAUAUUAUCGAUGGUUGUCUCUUCAGUGAUCUCAGACUUUGAAAGACGAUUGAGCGGCGAUUUUGGAGAAAGUUUUCGGUAUACGGGGAAAAAGACAUUAUAAUGCUAGUCAUGAAGAUAUGUUGGUCACAUUGGAAGAACAUUUGAUCUGUUUACAUAAGUUGUUUUGUUGUAAACGUUUGUAAAGCAUUUUCCAUUAUAAGCUUUAAAAAGAAAACCUUUGUGAGAUUGUUAACUUUUCUGAGAUGUUGUACAUUUCCAAACGCAAUUUGUUGAUCUCGAUAUUUAUACUUAUAGUGCUAGUUAUGGAUUUUCUUGGAGAUAAAAAGAAGCAGGAUUGGGCAUAUGAAAAGGAUAUGAUGGGAUGUAUUAAUCAACUUUGAAAAGUGUUAUGUUAUUUUAACAUCGAAGACAUUGUUACUAGUUAAUCAGUGAUAAACCAAAGAUUGGCGAUGAAACUUAUGAAAGGAAAGCUAUUUUUCCAUUGUCGAUUGUAGUUCUAUUUAUUUAUUCCAUUUCACGUCAAUUUUUUUGACGUUUUGUUAGCUUAUUUAUAUUUGUAUGCCCUUGAAAUCAUAUCAGUGCUAAGUCAUUUUACGAGCUGUAUUAUAGAAAACUGACGCAUUUAUUUUACUUUUUUACUUUUACCAUGAAAAUUCCACAUUUGUGUCUUGCAAGUAUUUUCCAUUUCGUUGUUUAUUAAAAGUUGUGAGUAGGGUCAUUUUCGUGGAAACAGGUCUUCUUAAUUUGAUGACAUAAUGUAUGUUAAAAAGUUUAAUUUCCAUGAACAAAGAUUGAUUAAUUCGGAUUCAAGCUUUUUUUAAAAACGAAUGUCAAAAUCAAUUCCACGAAAAUGGAUCUAUUUACAAUGUCAUGUUAUUCCAUGGUCCUUCAUUAAAUUAUUCUUAUUAAAGCUUUUGUACUUUUAUCGCACUAUUGUGUGGUUGACAUGUCUAUUUGUAAUAAAAUAAAAUGUUUAUACUUAA